AUGCCUGGCUUCAUGAGGAGCCAAGUGAGCCAAGUCUUCCGGAAGGUACCCCUUGCCGCCGAUGGCGCCACCAAAGAUGUGGCGCAGCAUGAGUUUCACAGCGGCACGGCUGAAGCUGCUCCCCGUGAGCCACGUCCAGCCUCGCGGUUGGGCCAGGCUGCGGACUUCGGACCAUCGUUUCCUGCGCCUGGCACCGGCAAGGUGCGGCUGUAUGUGGCGCUGGCAGCAGGGCUGGUUGCAGACCUCCAAGUGGAGCUCGGUGAGAGGACGAAAGACCAGGUGACGCUGGGCUGCGAGCUCUUUCGCGCCGCAGGGGCCGGCGACGUCGCUCUGGUGCGGGAUUUGCUGGAGGAGGGCGCCGACCCGCUGCUGCGCCACGCUGGCGGGCAGCUGCCCCUGCACGUGGCGCACGGGGCACCUGUGGUGCGGGAGCUGAUGCUGGCCUGCCCAGUGGCAGCCUCCGUGAGGUGCUUUGCGGGCCGGACGCCGGCGGAAAGCUUGUUGAAGGGUGGUGCCGAGGCAGAGUCACUGCUCUUGGUGCUGGGCUCGCUGGAGGCCCUCGAAGCCUGCUUGCAACCGCAAGCUGGGAAGAGCCUGCUGGGCCUCCUGGAGCCCCGUUUGGCCAGGGAGGUGCUGGCGAAAGCAUGUGGCCCUGUGUCUGGCUGCUGCACGGUGCAAGAGGCAUCGACACUGCUGACCGAGAUGGCUGAGGGCCGAGCCUCCUUCUGGAAGCUGAAGCAGCUUUGGCACCGCUUGCCAAAGGGCCUGGAGAUCCUGGUGCUGAGGCAUUUGCUCUUCGAGGGGCCGGCAUCUCCAGACACGGCUCAUCGGCUACAGCUAGUGGUGGAGAAGCUUGUGGCCCGACUUUGUCAAGACUGCUUGGAGGAGGGCGCCUUGCAGAGCGUGUCGGAGAUCAAGCAGGAGCCCAGCUGCCAAGAACUCCUCCGUGGCCUCAUGCAGGUGCUGGCGUUUCAGCAGAGGCCCCAAGAGCACACCAGCUGCGCCCAGCGGGCGGUGGACCUGGCACUUCGGAUGAACGACCUGGAGCCCACUGCCUUCUCCACCUUCCUGAAGAUGCUGCCCACAUGUCCGGGGGCUGCCUGGUCCCCAGACCGGGACGCUCUGGGCUGGCUGCUGCUUGGCUUUCCCACGGCGGAAGGGCCCUGGCCCCAGGCUCAUCUGGAAGAGAGCUGGCUGGCAAGGGUGCGUAACGUUUCCGAGAACGAUCUCUAUGAAGCAGCAGCCGAGCUGCGAUUGUCGAGAUUGGAACGGUGCGACUCUGUCGCCGAGGAGCUGGUCCAAGCCGUGCGGUCUGUUCGCAACAGCCCGAUGCAGGGUGUGGAGCCACUUCAGGUUGCAAUGGCUUGGAUUCACUGUGCCCGGCUCUGGAAGCGGAGUAUUCAGGCAGAGGCUGAGGUUCAGGACACGGUGCAGCGGCUUCUCAUGCAGGGCUUGUCCCAGGCCGUGAGCUCACGGCUGAUCUUCCGGUGUCGGAGGGCCGAGAGCUACAGAGAAGCCUGGCAAAAGGCGCUGGCCGCUUGGCCUCGGGCGCCCGAGUGCCGCCUUCCUGGCCUGCUUGUCUGGGACCUCCUCGAUACAACCCGGCACAGUGUGGUUCGCAAAGCCUGCGGCGUCACUGAGGUUGCCAUGCCCACGGCCACUGACCUCCGCAGCGCCCACGACGCUCUGAAUCGCUUGGUUUGGUCUUCGCAUGGGGCGGAGGUCCUGUGGACAGCCAACAGCUUCGACAUCGCAAACAGCAACGUGGACAACUUCUUUGGUGGCUGCCUUAGGGAAGUCUUGAAGUUGAGAACCCGCCACGGCCCGGUUCUCGUUGAGGUCCGUUUGUCCCUGAGUUCCGACCGGAAACGUGCCUCUGCUCUUGAAGCUCUUCGAGACCUACUGCAGGGCCGCUUCGAGGUUCCUGCGCGUCGGCCCCUAUGGGCGCGGCUCCUCCGCCUGGUGCUCGACCUCCGUGGAAAGGGCAAGGCCGCCAUGGAGGCAGCGCAGGGCAGCGCACGUGAGGCACUUCGGGACCCAGCCUUUGCGGCCUACGCCGGCCAGCCCCUUCUGAAGCAACUGCAGGAGCUCUCGCAGCAGCUCAGGAGGAUCAAGGACGAGGAGCGGGCCAUGGAAGAGGGUGCGGAGGCGUUGCACGAGCGAGCAGCUUUGGCAGAGAAGUUCUUGCACCGCCUGGCGUCUGCGGGGGCUUUCCAGACUGGCCUCACGCCCAGGGCUGUGGAAGAAAGUCCCAGGAGCGCAGUCACGGAUGAUGAGCCGGCUGCAGACUUUGAGGGCAGCCUGCUUCAGAAGUACCUGGCGUCCCAGGCGCUACCUGCGGCGCCUAUGUUCGAAUGGAACGUCGCCGCAUUGGCAGCGGGCCUGGCUCGGGCCUUCGUGCCAGUGUUUCGGUGCGAGCCAAAAAGGCACGCCGGCCUGCUGGCCUCGCCUGUUCAAUCAGCGUGUUGUGCAGUGCUUCUGCCUUGGCCAUGCUGGGUGCAGUGGGGCCGGAGAGCCAUCUCCGGCGCCUCGUCUGCAACUUUCACAGUUCAGUUGGUUCUUGCUUUUCGCGCAUCCUCCUUCCUGAACGCCAUCGGAGUCUGCUCUGCCAGGCUCUGGCCAGAGCAACCGGCCGAAGAGUGCUGCAGGUCUGUCCGGGAUGUGCCCCUGGAGGAGAGGACCACGCCAAGGCGAAGUCGCAGAAGUGGCCAGAGCACCCCGAGCACUGUGGAUACGCAAGGGUCGCGUCGGCAGAGCAUCGCUGAUAGUGUGGAAUCGCAGAUGGAAGACGCAACCACACCUUGCAUCAUGAAGUCGCAGCACGACACUGAGAUGCCAAGCAUGAAGCAGCCUGAGGGAGCUGCGUUGUUGGCCAUGCUGUCCAGCUCUGCUCCUUCCAGUUUCGAGCCCGGUGCCAAUGUGCGCUUGUGCUCGCAUGUGGAGAUGGAGUUUCUGUGGCAAGCGCUGCACCAAGCUGAGAGUUGCACCCAACAGUUCAAUUCUAAGCAAGUGGAGCUGGAGACCGCAAACAACAAGCUGACAGAUCUGGUCGCAAAGCUGGAGCAGGAGCUUGGCCAGAAAGAUGACGAGUUCCGUGCCCUCCAAGAAGAGUUGCACCAAGAGCGUGAGGCAUGCAGCGGCGCUCGCUGCAGAAUGGAGAAGCUUCAACACGAGUAUGAAGGCUCAUGUCAACGACUGCAACGGGCCGAGACUCAAAACAAUGAGCUGACGGUGCUGGUGGCAGCCCUGCAGCAGCAGCUUGGCCAGAAAGAUGACGAGCUGCAGAAGCUUACCGAGCAAAUGGCUCACGAGCUGCAGCUGGCGAAGGAUGCGAAAGAGCGCAUGGAGAGCGAGCAUCC